UUCUUCAGUCAAUUCAAUAUCUUAUUGAAUUAUCGGCCAAGCCGGCCACGUUUUAUCUACAUUAUCAUCCUGUUACUGUUAUUUCAAUCUACAAUUACCUAGUUUCGGCCAUGGCAUAUCCCAUUCAAACAUUAUCCCUUUUAUGGGAUUGAUAUACUAAUUUCUCGAAAGGAAAUCCGUAUUGUGUAUAUGACGUUAGGAAAACCCUUUCUACUGUGCAUGCAUCGUCAUGCUGUUUUGGGGCCUUAGCAUUGAAAUAUAUAUAUUUUUGAAGUAGGUAACAAUGAAACGAAUUGAUCCUUUUUGUCCCCAUAAUGUUAUCUUCCCCCGUCUUAUUGUGUGCCUCCGUUACAUUGUCAAUUUUGGCAUGUUCCCCAGCUUUGACAUUAUAAAUGCAGUAAAAGACAGCUCACUUGCUCAAAAAUAGUUCAUUUGAUGCCGAGUUUGUGAGGAAGAGCUUCUAAUCAUGCAUUGCUUUCACGUUUUGUUCGCGUUUGUCACUUGUUGGCUUGUUGACGUCAUCACCGGCCAUGGAAGGCUCAUCGACCCACCAGCUAGAAAUUCAAUGUGGAGAUACAAUUUUCCAAACCCACCCAAUUACAACGACAACGAGUUAAACUGUGGUGGAUUCUCUUUUCAGUGGAACAAUGAUGGCAAAUGUGGGGUGUGUGGUGAUCCCUUUGGCAAAGAACAAAUGCAUGUUUACCCUGGAAAGUACGCCAACAACAUCAUUUCAAAAACAUACAAAAAGGGGCAGGUAAUCACCGUCAAGGUGGAACUUACAGCCAACCAUAAGGGCUAUUUUACCUUCAGAAUUGGUGAUAUCGGCAACCCACCAAUCACGGAAGAGAAGCUUAGUCACGAGCUCACUGUAGCUGGCACUGCUGCUACGAGGUACUAUCUGCCCGCAGGUUCGAUGAACGAGAUUUUCACCGUUUCCUUGCAGCUGCCAAUGAACUUAGUGUGUCGACAGUGUGUGCUUCGUUGGAAGUACACUGCUGGUAAUAACUGGGGAACAGGCACAGGUGGGGCAGGGGCUGGCCAUGGAAAUCAGGAGACUUUCAUUAAUUGUGCUGAUGUCAGCAUCGUAAAUGGUGAUGGCUCUGUUCCAAUGGGACCUGUGCCCCCUAUUCCACCAAGUCAACCCAAACCUGCGCCAAAUCCAGCCCCCGCUCCGAAUCCAAACCCAGCCCCCGCUCCAAAGCUACCAAUACCCCAGCCACAAGUUCAAAACUGUCGAUCAGCCGGAGCUUAUGCAGGUCAGAAGACAAUAGACGUCUGGUGCCAAUCCAAUUGUCCUGCAUACUGCCCAGUGACCCACUGCAUUUGCAGCUGAAGAUGCUCACGAAGUAACGGACCUGUAACAGAACUUCCCUAAUUUAUUACGAUUGCACUUUGUGGUAACUGCAUUAAGUAUUUAUUUAAAUUAUUAGAUUUUCCAUUUGCAUUAUGUGUUGUCUGUACUCAACCAUAAAUUGUUGUCAAUU